AUGGAAAGUGAAAUUGACAAUCUUCUUGGCGAACUGAGAGUUGAUAAAAUAUCGAUUCGUCAGAAAGCAUUUAAUAAAUUAUUUGAUAUUUUAACAAGUCGAUUUGAUGAUUUGCAAAAGAUUUUUGAGAGAAGUAAUGAUCUUGGCUGGAAAGAACUUUUUGAAGCUGCCCACUCAGGAAUCAAAAUUCAUUCCCCAAAAAUUUCAAAAGCAGAAACAAAUCUUCACCCAAAUGAUCCAAAAAUAACCGUUUAUUCGAGAGUUUUGCUUAAAUUGUGUGACAAUCCUGCAAACGAAUCUUUUGGCAUUCCAUAUCAAGCUUCGAUUACAGCAGUAUUGGAAAUAUUGAGAGAUGAAUCUUAUUUCAGAUAUUUUGGCGUAUGCUAUUUGCAAGUAUUACAAAAGUCAAUUUUCAAAGUAAAAAACAAUUUGACAUCAAUUUCAUUAGACUCUUGGCAAGAAUUACUAAAAAUUCUCACUAGUUUUAUGAAUUGGAAGGAAAACCCUCUGCCUUUUACUGAGUUGACAUUUUGCACAAAUCAGGUCAUCGAAUAUGGCUGCAAUUUCUCUCAUCUUACAAUUGAUUUGGAAAACCAUCUUGAGAUGCUAGCAAGGCUUUUAGAAGAAAGAAAGGAUCCGAAAGAGAAACUAGAGUUGUUAUUAAUCGCUUAUAAUUGCUGUCAACAUAUUUCCGCGGAGUCUCGAUUCACAAUUUGCCGUUUUACAGAAGAAAUUGCAAAACAUAUUCACAUCGUAUUCAAAGUUGACAUGAACGAAGAAGUGAAAGUGACACUCUUCAAGUUGGUUGAUCUUUCGCUGAUUGUUCAUUAUCCAAAUCUUGGGAGUUGUAAGGAAAAGCUUCAAUUUAUUGCUAAUGAAAGUGCCUGGAAAGUAACUUUGAGAAAUUUCAUCUUCAUGGUUGAAUUGGAAUUGAAAAACCAACCAAAAACAAAGUAUCGCGGCUGUGCAGCACCAGAACUCAAUCAGAUUGUGGCUCAAUUCGCUGCUCGUUUAUGUUACAUAGUUUAUUGGAAUAAUUCAAUUUGGGAUGAAAUUGAUUACGAGGAACAGCUUUCGAAACGACAAAAAAGAUCAGAAAAGUUGCAAGCAUUGAUAGAUUUCGCUCAACCUACAGAAGAAUUGAAAGAUUUUAACUGGAAAUGGUUGACAGUCUUAAGUGAGCUUUUAUACAAUUAUCCAUCUGCACUUGAGAAUGAUCAUUUCCAGCUAUUACUUCAACUGCUCUCACGUGUUCAAGAGUCCAUCGAACAUGAAUCUCACAUUUAUGCUUUCACGAAAUGUUGUCAUGUCCUCCUUCAAAGAGAAGAAAAUUUCGUUUCAACUGCAAACAUUCACGUUGUUAAUUUAUGUCACAAACUUUGGUUUAAAAUUGUCGAGGCAACAGUUCGCGUUUGUACUUCAAAUAACAAAAAUUCAGUUGAGAGUCACAUUUUAUUACAAACUUUAAUUCAUCACAAGAAAUUUCCGUCACAAAGUUUCAUCGAAGAUGUCGUAAAGAUUUUCAUCACAAAAUCUUCAAUCAAAAGUGAUGCAACAUUGAAAACUCUCAUCGUUCUCAUGAAGUCGUUCAACAUAGAUUCGUUGCAGAAUGGAAGAGAAUUAACAUCGACGAUUCUUUCUUAUACUUUCGAAAAAGCUUCUGUAGCCGAUUUACGACGCGUGAUCACAACAUCUGGGAAAGAAAAGCCAACAAAUGAGAUUUUGUCACAAAUUGGCGUCAUUUGUUGUCUAUCAAAAACUGAUGUCGUAAAUUAUUCUCAAAAUGACAUUUUAGACAAUGAGAAGCUUUUUCAGGAAAAUUGGAAGUUGGAUUUGCAAGUUGAAUACAAGAAGGAAAUUAAUGAAAAAAUUCAAUUAAUUCUCAUGAAGUGCAGUGAAAAAUUGUUGAUCGAGGAAGAAGAUUUUAUAGAAUUCCAGAAUGAAAGUAAUGAAGAGAGAAAUUUGAACGAAUUUCCAAAAGAAAUCAAAUGCAUCAUCGAUCAUAGUCUUUAUGAGGAGCUUCAGAAUGUCACGGAAUUUAAAAACAAACUCAUCGGCAAAGACGAUAACAUUGAAGUCGUCAAAGAUUAUCUUCAAUCAGUGCUUGAAAACAACGAAAUGUUGCUUCAUCUUGCUGAUAAUUUCCUAAAAUUUGAAGCAUUUAAUGAAGAAAAAUUCAAAAGUUCAUUUCUCACAAAGAAAAUUGAAUUUCAUUUGCAAGAAGUCGAAAAUCUUUUUGAGAUGAUUGUGACGAUGAAUGAAGGCUUGGAGAUGAAAGACACACACGAAUUGUUGAAAGCUUUGAAACGUUUAUUCAGCUCAAAGUUUCACAUUAAACUUUGCUUCAAAAUUCGAUCUUUUGAUUUGGAACAUUGCAUUCAUUGGAUCGGCAAACAGAUCAAACACAAAUUUCUAACAUACGACGAUGAUUAUGAACAGAUGAAGAUUGGAAGAAAUGAAUUCAUAAAUGCAAAAAUGGAGGAAAGAUUGAAGUUCCUAGCAGUUGAAACGCUUUGCGAAUAUAACAACUUUGAUGGAAUGAACUCGGAAAUUGUUCACGAACGCUUGAGUAGAGUGAAAAUCAACGUUGAUGACAACAUGGAUCUUCACAUCGAAUCGCUCUCUUGA